GCGAGCGGACGGUUCAUGAGCACGCACACGUUGUCCGCGCACUGGCUCUGAAUCGUCUCGGCUGGACUGGACUGGACGCGACCAGACGUUCCGCCCACGCGCUGGCGUGUAGCCUGGUAGCCGAGUGGAGCGAGCGCAGGUGAGCAGAGAGCGCCGGAGAGUGCGAGCAGCGCCGGCAGUGGGCGCUGGAAAGCCACGGAGUGCGGACGACUGCGGCCGAGAGAGUAGCUGGCAACAGUAGCGGCGGAGCGUACACAGUAGAGGGAGACGACGAGCCGAUAAGGUCGCUCGCCUCGCGAUUCCACGUGCGGAGCAGACAGCAGCCGGCGCCCGUCAAUCGCCACAGCAAACAUGUCUUCGACGCAACAGCAGCAGCAGCAGCAGCACCACCACCACCACCACCACCAGUCCAGGCGGCGGAUCAUGCAGCCCUGGCCGCUGUGCCUCGCCAGCUUCGGCAAGCCCAAGGAGCGGGCGAUCCUGCCGAAGCAGUACUCAAGGGUGCCGUCGAUCGCCCGGAGCAGCUCGAGCCAGCUGGUGCAGGACUGCUCGUCCAACUCGACCCUGCUGAGCCAGGUCAGCCCGUUCGCCAGCCAGCUGGGCUUCGAGGCGCUCGCCGACCAGCCUCAGGCCUGUCGAUCCGAGCCCGAGCAGCAACAGCAACACUACUAUGCGGACAACCUGCGCAACAACCAGCACAAGACCCUGAACGGCUCGCGGAUCUACCACGAAUACAGGCAGCUGGAACCGCUGCUCAGCAAAGACGAGCCGGCCUCCGACACCAAGACCCUCAUGGAGUCGCAGGACCUCGAGAAGCCUACGGGCCAGGCCGUGCCGCCCGGCGUGCCCCAGUUCCAGAAGGCCCAGCGGCGCCGCAACAGGCCCUACUACCUCACCCAGGUGCUGGCCGCCUUCUCGGUGUCGAUCGGUUCGAUGGUCGUGGGCUUCGCCUCGUCCUACACCUCGCCCGCCCUCGUCACCAUGAAGGACAACACCACGACGUCCUUCCUAGUCGACGAGACGACGAGCUCGUGGAUCGGUUCGAUCAUGCCGCUGAGCGCGCUGGUCGGCGGCAUCGUGGGUGGGCCCCUCAUCGAGAACGUCGGCAGGCGGAACACCAUCCUGUCGCUGUCAGCGCCGUUCUUCUUGUCCUGGCUGCUGAUCGGCUUUGCCCGCAACGUAGGCAUGGUGCUGGCGGGCCGCUCGCUAGGUGGCUUCUGCGUGGGCGUCAUCACGCUGGCGAUGCCCGUCUACCUCGGCGAGACCAUCCAGCCCGAGGUACGCGGCACCCUGGGCCUGCUGCCCACGGCCUUCGGCAACAUCGGCAUCCUGCUGUGCUUCACCGUGGGCAUGUUCCUGAACUGGUGGCAGCUGGCGCUGGCCGCGGCGCUCGUCCCCGUGCCCUUCGCCGCGCUCAUGCUGAUCAUUCCCGAGACGCCGCGCUGGUACAUCGCCCGCGGCCAGGCGAAGCGCGCGCGCAAGUCGCUGCAGUGGCUGCGCGGACCCGGCGCCGACGUCAGCGAGGAGCUGUCCAACGUGGAGAAGAUGCACGUGGAGAGCGAGCGCGAGGCCAACCAGUCGGGCCGCAGCGAGCUGCUCAAGCGGCGCAACCUCAAGCCGCUGGCCAUCUCGCUGGGCCUCAUGUUCUUCCAGCAGAUGUCGGGCAUCAACGCCGUCAUCUUCUACACGGUGCACAUCUUCCUGGAGUCCGGCAGCGAGAUCGACGGCAACCUCAGCACGGUGAUCGUGGGCGUGGUCAACUUCGGCUCGACCUUCCUGGCGACGGCGGUGAUCGACCACCUGGGCCGCAAGGUGCUGCUCUACAUGAGCAGCCUGAGCAUGAUCGCCUCGCUGGGCGUGCUCGGCACCUACUUCUACCUCAAGGACAACCACUUCGACAUCGCCGGCCAGCUGGGCUGGCUGCCGCUCGCCUCCUUCGUCAUCUACGUGCUGGGCUUCUCGCUGGGCUUCGGGCCCGUGCCCUGGCUCAUGAUGGGCGAAAUCCUGCCGGCCAAGAUCCGCGGCAGCGCCGCCAGCAUAGUCACCGGCUUCAACUGGUCCUGCACCUUCGUCGUGACCAAGAUGUUCACCACGCUGACCACCCUGAUCGGCUGGAGCGGCACCUUCUGGCUGUUCGGCGCCAUCUGCCUGGCGGGCUUCGUCUUCGUGCGGCUGUUCGUGCCCGAGACCAGUGGCCGCUCGCUCGAGGAGAUCGAGCGCGGCCUGACCGGCGCCGCGCUGCGCAGGAUGAGCGCCGUGGCCAACAUCAAGCCCACGCCCAUGGCCUGCUAGCCGGCCGGGGCCACGCCUUGGCGGCCCCUCUGCGCGCAGAGCCGCUGCGAGCUCGGCCGGGACCUGCGCCAACGCAGAGCAAUAAGUGCCUCCGCGCGGCCUCCUCCUGCCGACGGCACAAAUCUUCGUUUCGUUGUUUUGCACGAC